AUUCAUUGAAAAACAACGCUGUACGUCAAAACAUUAAGUUUAACUUCGCCGUUAUAUGUAAUAUAUAAAAAUUGUAAUACUUGUUUGAUUUUAGGACUUUAAACAACCGAACAAUAGAGAAAUAUCAAUAAUAUAUAUUGGCCGAAUUUGAUCACGUGACACCUCCACACUUCCUUUUUCUAACGUCGACGCACGGACACACGAGUUGACAACAUGACUGCACCAUCACCAGCUGUUCAGAAGGGAAUAGUGAAACAGAUCCUCUCUGGGGAUGCUGUUGUUAUCCGAGGACAACCCCGUGGGGGGCCACCCCCAGAGAAGACCAUCUGCUUCUCCAACAUCACAGCUCCAAGGAUGGCUCGACGACCAAACCCAAACAUGGAGGGCUCACAAGAAACUAAGGAUGAGCCUUUUGCAUGGGAGGCAAGAGAAUUCCUGAGGAAAAAGUUGAUCAACAAGGAAGUUGUUUUCACUGUAGAGUACAAAGUUCCAGGGACAGGACGAGAGUAUGGAUGUGUAUACCUGGGAAAAGACAUGAAUGGUGAAAACAUGACAGAACAGUUGGUUUCUGAGGGACUUGUGGAAGUGAGGAGAGGUGGAGUCCGGGCUGAUGAUGCCAGCCAGAGUGCUUUGAUCCAGCUGGAAGACGGAGCCAAAUCAGCAGGCAAAGGCAAAUGGGCAACAGAGGGCAUUAAACCAAACAGUGUCAGGGACGUAACAUGGGUUGUAGAGAACCCUCGUAACUUUGUGGACUCGCACCAUAAUGAACCCAUAGAUGCUGUUAUUGAGCAUGUACGAGACGGCUGUACAGUACGGGCAUUCCUUCUACCCUCAUUUGAUUAUGUAACAGUUAUGCUGUCUGGAAUCAAAUGUCCAAUGUUUAAACAAGAUGAAGAAGGCAAACAAAUGGCAGAACCUUUCGCCACUGAGGCAAAAUACUUCACUGAAGUUAGAUUGUUACAACGGGACGUCAAGAUCAUCUUGGAGGGAGUUUCAAAUCAGAAUUUAUUGGGCACAGUUAUACACCCGAAUGGGAACAUUGCUGAGUUGUUGCUGAAAGAAGGGUUCGCACGGUGUGUAGACUGGAGCAUGGGUGUAGUGACACAAGGAGCUGAAAAACUCAGGGCAGCUGAAAAAUUGGCCAAAGAGAAGAAAUUGCGAAUGUGGAAAGACUACAAGGCACAGGAGCAAAGUGUAGACCUCAAAGACCAGAGUUUCUCCGGCAAGGUUGUAGAAGUCGUAAAUGGCGAUGCAUUAAAUGUUAAAACAGGUGACACUAUUAAAAAAGUUUUCCUGGCCAGUAUUCGACCACCAAGACAAUCACUUGAGCAGAAUGAAAAUGCGCCUCCAGCCCCCAAGGAAGCUAACAAGAGGCCACGUCCCCUAUAUGAUAUACCAUACAUGUUUGAAGCUAGAGAAUUCCUCAGGAAAAAACUUAUUGGAAAGAAGGUGAAUGUACAAGUUGACUACAUACAGCCUCCAAAUCAGGGCUUCCCAGAGAAAAUGUGUGCAACAAUCACAACAGGAGGAGUAAAUGUUGGAGAAGCAUUAGUUGGUAAAGGCUUGGCUACAGUAAUAAGAUAUCGCCAGGACGACGACCAGCGCUCUUCUCACUAUGACGAGUUACUGGCAGCCGAAGCCAGGGCCCUCAAAAAGGGAAUGGGCUUGCAUUCCAAAAAGGAGCCACCAAUUCACAGAGUUGCUGAUGUAUCAGGGGACAUCACAAAGGCCAAGCAGUUUCUGCCCUUCCUUCAGAGGGCUGGCAGAUCUGAAGCCAUUGUAGAGUUUGUAGCCAGUGGCUCCCGACUUCGUCUCUUCAUUCCACGAGAAACCUGCCUCAUUACAUUCCUCGUGUCAGGUAUCUCCUGUCCCAGAGGUACACGUACCAUGCCUGGUGGCGUGGUUACUCCAGCAGAGCCCUUCGGUGAUGAAGCAAUGCUUUUCACCAAGGAGAUGUGUCUACAGCGUGAGGUCGAAGUUCAGGUGGAGGCCAUGGACAAGGGAGGUAAUUUCAUCGGCUGGCUAUUUGUGGAGAAUGUGAACUUAUCUGUUGGACUGGUGGAGGAAGGACUGUCCAAAGUCCAUUUCACUGCUGAGCGUAGCAACUACUACAAAGCUCUCUGUGUUGCACAAGACCAGGCCAAGUCAAAGAAACUCAAUGUAUGGGCUACAUAUGAAGAGCCUACAGAGAAGGAGGAGGUAAUCGAGGACACAUCAGACAGAAAAGUAAAUUACAAACAGGUGGUUGUCACAGAAGUGUCUCCGGAUGAACUGAAAUUCUACGCUCAAUAUGUAGACAAUGGCCCCCAGUUGGAGAAGCUGAUGGAACAGUUACGACAAGACAUGGAGUCUAACCCACCCCUGGCAGGAUCCUACACACCAAAGAAGGGCGAUGUUUGUGCCGCACAGUUCUCUGUAGACGAGUCAUGGUACCGAGCCAAAGUGGAGAAAAUUGAAAGAUCUCAAGUGACAGUACUUUUCAUCGACUAUGGAAAUAGAGAAAAGACAGAUGCCUCAAGGUUAGCAAAGUUGCCUGCCACAUAUCAGACACUUGCAUCCCAAGCCCAGGAGUUUGCCAUGGCUUGCGUUACACUACCUCCAGAUGAGGACUCAAAAGCUGAUGCCCUUGAUGCGUUCUACAACGAGAUUAUAAACAAGGAACUGAUGAUGAACGUUGAGUAUAGAGUGCCAGGUCUGGAGUAUGUGACUCUCGUCUUCUCUGACAACAAGGACGACAUUGCACAGGGUCUUAUAUCAGCAGGCUGGAUCCUUGCUGAAAAGAGGCGUGAGAAACGACUAGCCAAGAUAGUAACAGACUACCAGAAAGCUCAGGAAAAGGCCAAGAUUGCUCGGGUAAAUCUAUGGAGGUACGGUGAUUUUACUGAAGAUGACGCCAAGGAGUUCGGCUACAAGAAGUAGAAAAAUACUUCGGAUCUGCAGCUGGCCUUACACCCAAUUCAUAAGUAAUGAUAUUUCUGAAUGGCUGUAAGACUUGGCAACCGUUUCUGUUAACACAAGUGAAAUUUAGAAAUAUUUUUAAACAUACACAAGUGGAAUCUAGAACUUCAUGAACAAAACAGUACAGAGGAGACUUUUCUUGGACUCCUGUCCUGGAAAUAACAUGUCAUAAAAUUGCCUGUCGCAAUGAUAUGAGGGUCGAGAUAUGUUCCUUGUGCUUAGUUGUUUCAGUUUACCGGGCGACAAUCUCAGUAGACAGUUGCCUUUGAUGGAGGUGUACUUUUUACUGUAGGUGAGCUAGGCAUGCAGAGCAGUGCAUUUAUUAUCGAGAAUUUUUUCCUCUGUCACUGUUUUCGUUGUGAUAUUACUAAAACUGAUAUGCAUCAACACAAGUGGAAUCUAGCGAAAUUUAUUUAAUUCAAUUUUACAAAACAAGAAAAAUGCAAAUAUUUCAAGAAAUAGAACAUGAGGAAUCUUACUAUUUUGUAUGUAUUUUUAAUUUGUACUGUAUCAUUCUGGAUAUUUGACCAUGUUGGUUGUUACACGCAUUGAAUGUUGCCCAGCGACCCGAGGUCAGAGCAUGAUUGUAUUUCGGAGUGAAAGGAGUGUUGGAGUCAGUGCCAUUGUUUAGCUGGCGUGCUUGGUGCUGAGACAUUUGAUAAGUGUUGAUGGCGAUAUCAACAAGCAGAUCAAGUGCAUUUCUAUUGUAUUAUUUUUUCAACAAGUGUGCAUUUAUUUCAAAUGUGUUUUAUCACCGACAGCUAUCUCCUGGAUGGACAGAAAUAGCUAGAAAUAUGUUAAGUCUGUAGCAUGGAAAGCAUGAACCAACUACACUGUCUCUAAGUUACAGUAUUGCAUUGGCUGGUUGCUUGAUGUGUAAUGAAAUUUAAAAAAAUACUUGACAGGCCAUGCCCGGAGAUAUUUUUGUAAACCACUGCAGCAGUUCCUCUACAAAGGGUGGGCUGGUGGAGGACUAACCCAGAAACAUUAUCUGUGUCUUUACAGUAACACAAGUAUUUUUAUAUACAGAUUAUUCACUAAAAUGCAUUGAUCUUGUGUUAUAUUUUAAUCAGACAAUGGCCUAAUUUGAGGUUACCUUUUAUGAUGUCUCUGUAUCCUAGGUACACGCAUGUAUAUUUGGUAAUGUAGAUGGGUGUAUUAUAUAUGUGCGAGUUUACCCGAGCUAGGUACAGUAAUGUGUAGCGUAUACCUGGCCGAGUGUGUCCUAUGCUGCAUGGAGUGUGGUAGGGGCUUCGUCGUCUGUGCAUAUGGAGUAAGAUAUUUAAGCUGAUUGGGGAUGGGGAAAGUAUUGUUCAUUUGCCUCUACACAUAAACACCUUCAUAUGUCACUGUGUCAUUGACUAGGUCAUCUCAUGGUUUUAGGGACAAAAUUAUUUAUCUCGCACAUAUCUUUCCUGUUAUGUACAUCUUGUAGCCGAAGCUUAUUAACUCUCAAUGUUGAAGAACCUCGCAGAAAAAAGACAACUUAUCGACUUGUUUUUAGAUCUGUGUAUAUUUGUUCAGAUUAAAUUAUGUUAGUACUGUGUUCAGUCACUCUAAUGUAUUCCCUGUUGAUGUGUAAUUUUGAUUUUAUUAUUAUUAUUAUUAUUAUUUAUAAGAAAUUAAACACAUAUCUUGUUUUAGUCAUUUUGGUGAAAGAUAUGUUAUUUUUGGAAAUAAUGUUUUUUUGUACAGGUUAACACUGUAAAUGAUACAAAUAUAAGUGCUUCCAGACAAUUAUUCCAGAUUGGACAUGCUCUAUAUAAAUGCAAGUCGUUCUCUGUUUUGUUUCUUGGAGUAAGUGAAUCUGUUACCAAGUACUGAUAAAUGUGGAAUGUGUCAUAAGACAGCAUUGAAGUAUAUCUUCAUCGUGGUAAGAAUGCAGAUGAUAUAUUUAUUAGCUCACCCGGUAAAAAUCAGCGUCUGCUUACUGUGGCGUCUGUCCGUUGUCGUACGUCAAUUAUUUCUUCAAACAACAUUUUCGUAUCCACUGAUUGGAAUUUGACUGAAAGCAUCCCCCCUAGAGGACUGAGCGGAAGGGUCAAAAGGGGUCAAUUUGACUAUUUAAGCAUUAAAUUUCUACCAUUGAAAAGUAACUUUUAUAAUUUUCACAGGAUUGCUGACAGUUUAAUCAUAAUGUGCCAAAAUAAAGUUUCAUUUCUUAAUUUAAACUUUUCUUAUAUUUCCAAUCUGUAACUGGGUUAUUGCAAGUCAAAAUCCAAUUUUGCCCAAUUUGUCAAUACAACUUAAAUGAGAAUGUUUUGUCAUAAUCACUGAAAUAUCCAGGCGUUUGGGUGAUACAGGCCCUUUGGGCCUCUUAUUGGGCACAGUCCUCUAAAUUUUCACGUAGAAAUAAUUUAAUUAACAGUGCUGGUCACUGAUACAGAAACCGUUUCAUAGCCUGCGUUAAUGCAGGUUGUAGAUAUCUAAUAUUUUUAAUAAAUAGUUGUGUUUAUCUGAAACAGCAGCAGAUUAAUUUGCCAAUACAGCACAGUGAUUAAAAUCAAUUGCACCUGCUGCUGAUCAAAUGGCAAUACUUUGUCUUAAGAUUCAUUUAUGGAUCUCUGUAUAAGGCAUGUAAUUGGAGAUGAUAAGUUUUGAAUCCCUGUAUGA